AUGAUGGAUUUUCUUAUCAUUUUUCUUUUAUUUUUUAUUGGAACUUCAGAGACACAGGUUGAUGUUUCUGAUGCUGUUCCUAAUACUAGGUAUGACACAACCAUCUCUUCUAUUUCUGCUGCAACAUAUAGUUCACCUGUUAGUAGAACAGUGACAACAAAUGUUACAAAACCAGGUCCUCCAGUCUUUCUAGCUGGGGAGAGAGUUGGAUCUGCUGGGAUUCUUCUUUCUUGGAACACACCACCUAACCCGAAUGGAAGAAUUAUAUCUUACAUUGUUAAAUAUAAGGAGGUAUGCCCUUGGAUGCAAACCGUGUACACACAAGUCAGGGCAAAGCCAGACAGUCUGGAAGUUCUUCUUACUAACCUUAAUCCUGGAACAACAUAUGAAAUUAAGGUUGCUGCUGAAAACAGUGCUGGAAUUGGAGUAUUUAGCGAUCCCUUUCUUUUCCAGACUGCAGAAAGUGCUCCAGGAAAAGUGGUCAAUCUCACAGUUGAGGCCUUCAACUACUCAGCAGUAAACUUGAUUUGGUAUUUACCUCGGCAACCAAAUGGCAGAAUUACCAGCUUCAAGAUUAGUGUCAAACAUGCCAGGAGUGGGACAGUAGUGAAAGACGUCUCUGUCAGAGUAGAAGACAUCUUGACUGGGAAACUCCCAGAAUGUAAUGAGAACAGUGACUCUUUUCUGUGGAGUACCUCCAGUCCUUCUCCAACCCUUGGUAGAGUCACGCCUCCACAGCGUACCACAUAUACAUCGAGCUCGUUGACGAGGAGUAGGAUCAGCUCUGUGUGGAAAGAGCCUAUCAGUUUUGUAGUGACACAUUUGAGACCUUACACAACCUAUCUUUUUGAAGUUUCAGCUGUUACAACUGAAGCAGGUUAUAUUGAUAGUACCAUUGUCAGAACACCAGAAUCAGUGCCUGAAGGACCACCACAAAACUGUAUAGCGGGCAAUGUUACAGGAAAGUCCUUUUCAAUUUCGUGGGACCCACCAAGUGUAGUAACAGGGAAGUUUAGUUAUAGAGUUGAAUUAUAUGGGGUGUCAGGUCGUAUUUUGGAUAAUAGCACAAAAGACCUUAAAUUUUCAUUCACUAACUUAACACCAUAUACACUGUAUGAUGUCUAUGUUGCUGCUGAAACCAGUGCAGGGGUUGGACCCAAGUCAAAUCUUUCCAUAUUCACUCCUCCAGAUGUUCCAGGUGCAAUAUUUGAUUUACAACUAGCAGAUGUAGAAGCCACAGAAAUUAGAAUUACUUGGAGAAAACCACGACAACCAAAUGGAAUCAUUAACCAAUAUCGAGUGAAAGUAUUGGUUUCAGAGACCGGGGUAGUUUUGGAAAAUACCUUGCUUACAGGAAAAGACGAGUAUAUAAAUGAUCCCAUGUCUCCAGAAAUGAUGAAUAUAGUGGAGCCAAUGAUAGGAUUUUAUGAGGGCUCAGCAGAGAUGUCUUCUGAUCUGCACUCACUGGCUUCAUUUGUGUAUAACAAUGAUGUACAUAAUAACUUUCUUGUAAGGAGUAGAGCUGAAGACCAGCAUUCACCCGUAGUAACCACAAGGAAUCAGUAUAUCACUGACAUUGCUGCCGAACAGCUGUCUUACGUUAUCAGGCGACUUGCUCCUUUCACUGAGCACAUGAUUAGUGUAUCUGCUUUCACCAUCAUGGGAGAAGGACCACCAACGGUUCUCAAUGUUAGGACUCGUGAACAAGUGCCAAGCUCCAUUCAAACUAUAAACUAUAAAAAUAUUAGUUCUUCAUCUAUUUUGCUAUAUUGGGAUCCUCCUGAAUAUCCCAAUGGAAAAAUAACCCAUUAUACCAUUUAUGCAAUGGAACUGGAUACAAACAGAGCAUUCCAGAUGACUACUAUAGAUAACAGCUUUCUCAUAACAGGGCUAAAGAAAUACACAAAAUAUAAAAUGAGAGUGGCUGCCUCUACUCAUGUUGGAGAAAGCUCUUUGUCUGAAGAAAAUGAGAUCUUUGUGAGAACUCCAGAAGAUGAGCCAGAAUCGUCACCCCAAGAUGUUGAAGUAAUAGAUGUAUCUGCAAGUGAAAUAAGGUUAAAGUGGUCACCACCUGAAAAACCUAAUGGGAUUAUUGUUGCUUAUGAAGUUCUCUAUAAAAAUAUGGAUACUUUGCGUAUAAAGAACACCUCAACAACAAGUAUAACUUUAAGGGACUUAAAACCUUACACUCUCUAUAACAUUUCUGUCAGGUCGUAUACCAAAUUUGGUCAUGGCAAUCAGUCAUCUGCAUUACUAUCUGUAAGAACUUCUGAGACUGUGCCCAGUAGUGCACCAGAAAAUAUUACUUACAAAAAUAUUUCUUCUGAAGAAAUUGAGAUAUCAUUCCUUCCCCCACAUAGUCCCAAUGGAAUUAUACAAAAAUAUACAAUUUAUCUCAAGAGGAGUAAUGGAAAUGAGGAAAAAAGUAUAAAUACAACCUCUUUGACCCAGAACAUUAAAGGACUGAAAAAAUAUACCCAAUAUGUAAUUGAGAUGUCUGCUAGUACACUCAAAGGUGAAGGAGUUCGGAGUGCACCCAUAGGCAUAUUGACUGAGGAAGAUGCUCCUGAUUCUCCCCCUCAAGAUUUCUCUGUAAAACAGUUGUCUGGUGUCACGGUGAAGUUGUCAUGGAAACCACCUCUGGAGCCAAAUGGAAUUAUCCUCUAUUAUACAGUUUAUGUCUGGGAUAUAUCAUCAUUAAAAACCAUUAAUGUAACUGGAACGUCAUUAGAGUUUUCAGAUUUGGACUAUAAUGUUGAAUAUAGUGCCUAUGUAACAGCUAGCACUAGAUUUGGUGAUGGAAAAACAAGAAGCAAAAUCAUUAACUUUCGAACACCAGAGGGAGCACCCAGUGAUCCUCCCAGAGAUGUUCAUUAUGUAAAUCUCAGUUCUUCAUCAAUAAUUCUCUUUUGGACACCUCCUUCAAAGCCUAAUGGGAUUAUACAAUAUUAUUCUGUUUAUUAUAGAAAUACUUCAGGUACUUUUAUUCGGAAUUUUACACUCUAUGAAGUAACCAAUGACUUUGACAAUAUGACUGUUUCUGCAAUAAUAGAUAAACUGGCAAUAUUCAGCUACUAUACAUUUUGGUUAACAGCAAGUACUUCAUUUGGAAAUGGGAAUAAAACCAGUGACAUAAUUCAAGUAUACACAGAUCAAGACAUACCUGAAGGGCUUGUUGGAAACCUGACUUACCAGUCUAUCUCAUCAACUGCGAUAAAUGUAAGCUGGGUCCCACCGUCUCACCCAAAUGGUCUAGUCUUCUACUAUGUUUCACUGAAUAUACAGCAGAGUCCUCGCCAUGGGAAACCACCUCUAGUUACAUAUGACAGCAGCAUAUAUUUUGAUAAUCUGGAAAAAUACACUGAUUAUAUAUUAGAAAUCACUCCAUCAACAGAAAAGGGAUUCUCUGAUAUCUAUACUGCCCAGCUACUCAUCAAAACUGAAGAAGAUGUCCCAGAAACUUCACCAAUAAUCAACACUUUUAAAAACCUUUCCUCUACCUCAGUUCUCCUAUCAUGGGAUCCCCCAGUAAAGCCAAAUGGUGCAAUAAUAAGUUAUGACUUAAUUUUACAAGGACCAAAUGAAAAUUAUUCUUUUAUUACUUCUGAUAACUAUAUAAUAUUGGAAGAGCUUUCACCAUUUACAUUAUAUAGUUUUUUUGCUGCUGCAAGAACUGUUAAAGGACUCGGUCCCCCCAGUAUUCUUUUCUUUUACACAGAUGAGUCAGUGCCUUUAGCACCUCCUCAAAAUUUGACUUUAAUCAACUACACUUCAGACUUUGUAUGGCUGAAAUGGAGCCCCAGUCCUCUUCCAGGCGGUAUUGUUAAAAUAUACAGUCUUAAAAUUCAUGAACAUGAAAGUGAUACUAUAUCUUAUAAGGUGAAUGAAGUCCUGAAAUAUUCUUACUUGAUUACAAUAGCAGUGCAGAUAGUAUACAUUCCAGAUGUUGUACAGAAUCUGCAGUGUAUGGCAAGCAACUGGCAGUCAGUUUUAGUGACAUGGGAUCCUCCCAAGAAAGCAAAUGGAAUAAUUACGCAUUAUAUAAUAAUGGUGGAAAGGAAUUCUACAAAAGCUUCUCCCCAAAAUCACACAUACACUUUUGUAAAGCUUCUUGCAAACACCUCAUACGUCUUCAAAAUAAGAGCUGCGACAUCGGCUGGAGAAGGCAGUGAGAGCACCUGUAGUGUGAGCACACCACCUGAAACAGUUCCCAGUGCUCCCACAAACAUUGCUUUUUCUGAUGUUCAGUCAACUACUGCAACACUGACAUGGAUAAGACCUGAUUCUAUCCUUGGUUACUUCCAAAAUUACAAGAUAACCACUCAACUCCGUGCUCAAGAAUGCAGAGAAUGGCAAUCUGAAGAAUGUGUUGAGUAUCAAAAAGUUCAGUACCUUUAUGAAGCUGACUUAACUGAAGAGACAGUGUAUGGAUUAAAGAAAUUUAGAUGGUAUAGAUUCCAAGUGUCUGCCAGCACCAAUGCUGGCUAUGGCAAUGCUUCCAACUGGAUUUCCACACAAACCCUGCCUGGCCCUCCAGAUGGUCCUCCUGAAAAUGUGCAUGUUGUAGCAACAUCACCUUUCAGCAUCAACAUCAGUUGGAGUGAACCUGCUGUCAUCACUGGACCAACAUUCUACCUGAUUGACGUCAAAUCAGUAGAUCGUGAUGAAUUCAAUAUUUCCUUUGUCAAGUCAAAUGAAGAAAAUAAAACCAUGGAAAUUAAAGACUUAAAAAUAUUUACCAGAUAUUCUGUGGUGAUCACUGCAUUUACUGGAAAUGUAAGUGCUGCAUAUAUAGAAGGGAAGUCAAGCCCUGAAGUCAUUGUGACUACUUUAGAAUCAGCACCCAAGGAUCCACCUAACAACAUGACAUUUCAGAAGAUACCAGAUGAAGUUACAAAAUUUCAGUUAACAUUCCUUCCUCCUUCUCAACCUAAUGGAAAUAUCCAAGUAUACCAAGCUUUGGUUUACCGAGAAGACGAUCCCACAGCUGUUCAGAUUCAUAACCUCAGUAUCAUCCAGAAAACAGACACAUCUGUCAUUGCAAUGUUAGAAGGACUAAAAGGUGGACAUACAUACAAUAUCAGUGUUUAUGCAAUCAAUAGUGCUGGUGCAGGGCCUAAAGUUCAGAUGAGGAUAACCAUGGAUAUCAAAGCUCCAGCAAGACCAAAAACCAAGCCAACCCCUAUUUAUGAUGCCACAGGAAAACUGCUUGUGACUUCAACAACAAUUACAAUCAGAAUGCCAAUAUGUUAUUACAAUGAUGAUCACGGACCAAUCAAAAGUGUACAAGUGCUUGUGGCAGAAACAGGAGCUCAGCAUGAUGGAAAUGUAACAAAGUGGUAUGAUGCAUAUUUUAAUAAAGCAAGGCCAUAUUUUACAAAUGAAGGCUUCCCUAACCCUCCAUGUAUAGAAGGAAAGACAAAGUUCAGUGGCAAUGAAGAAAUCUAUGUCAUAGGUGCUGAUAAUGCAUGUAUGAUUCCUGGCAAUGAAGACAAAAUUUGCAAUGGACCUCUGAAACCAAAAAAGCAGUAUUUAUUUAAAUUUAGAGCCACAAAUGUCAUGGGACAAUUUACUGACUCUGAUUACUCUGACCCUAUUAAGACUUUAGGUGAAGGACUUUCAGAAAGAACUGUAGAGGUCAUUCUUUCAGUAACAUUGUGUAUCCUUUCAAUAAUUCUUCUUGGAACAGCCAUAUUUGCAUUUGCAAGAAUUCGACAGAAGCAGAAAGAAGGUGGUACAUACUCUCCUCGGGAUGCAGAAAUUAUUGACACUAAAUUCAAGCUGGAUCAGCUCAUCACAGUGGCAGACCUGGAGCUGAAGGAUGAGAGAUUAACGCGGUUACUUAGUUAUAGAAAAUCUAUCAAGCCAAUAAGCAAGAAAUCCUUUCUGCAACAUGUUGAAGAGCUUUGCACCAACAACAACCUAAAGUUUCAAGAAGAAUUUUCGGAAUUACCAAAAUUUCUUCAGGAUCUGUCUUCAACUGAUGCAGAUCUCCCUUGGAAUAGAGCAAAAAAUCGCUUUCCAAAUAUAAAACCAUAUAAUAACAACAGAGUGAAGCUGGUAGCUGAUGCUAGUAUUCCAGGAUCGGAUUACAUUAAUGCCAGUUAUGUUUCCGGCUACUUGUGUCCAAAUGAGUUUAUUGCUACUCAAGGUCCAUUGCCAGGAACAGUUGGAGAUUUUUGGAGAAUGGUGUGGGAAACAAGAGCAAAAACAUUAGUAAUGCUAACACAGUGUUUUGAAAAAGGGCGGAUAAGAUGCCAUCAAUAUUGGCCAGAGGACAAUAAACCUGUUACUGUUUUUGGAGAUAUAGUUAUUACAAAGCUUAUGGAGGAUGUUCAGAUAAAUUGGACCAUCAGGGAUCUGAAAAUUGAAAGGCAUGGAGAUUAUAUGACAGUUCGACAGUGUAAUUUUACUGGUUGGCCUGAACAUGGAGUUCCUGAAAACAGUACCCCUCUAAUUCACUUUGUAAAGUUGGUUCGAGCAAGCAGAGCACAUGACACCACACCUAUGAUUGUUCACUGCAGGACAUUUGAUUCCAUCUCCAAACUCCUCCUCAUUGUCCUAGUGUUGGCACAGUAUAUCUUCUUACACCAGUGCAUUCUGGAUCUUUUAUCAAAUAAAGGAAGCAAUCAACCUAUCUGUUUUGUUAACUAUUCUGCACUUCAGAAAAUGGAUUCUUUGGAUGCCAUGGAAGGUGAUGUUGAGCUUGAAUGGGAAGAAACUACCAUGUAAAUAUUCAGAUCAACGAUUACAACAAGAAGAUAUUUUUCAACCCCAGGGGCCAAAACUACCCCCUCAUGCUUCUGAAUUGAAAUAUGCAAUCCUAAAGAAAUCUUCAUGCUUCCCUUACUGCCUUACUACCUGAAUUGACCAUUUUACAGACAGUUCUAGGAAACUGCUAAUUCAGCAUAGUCACUUGUUUUGUACAGAAUAAAUAUUGUUCAUUUAAAAUGUUUAAGAGAAGAUAUCCCAUAGGGUUUUGAAGUUCUCCAUAUUUGGAACAAGCCAAAUGUAAAAUUAUUAUUAUACUAGCAUUAAUGGUUCAGUGUGAAUCUUCCCUAUAUAUUGGUUAUAAUUUUGAACAAAAGCCGUAAAUGUUGAUUCAGUAGUGUUAUUUUGGCCUCUAGGGUGUUGACGUUUCUUGUGGAUGACUUCCAGAACUGUCAUAAUGAUCUGUACUUCUAUGUAUGCCUCUGUGUUUUGAAUCCUCUGUUUUAUGAGUGCUGAGAUAUCAUCUCCUGAUCCUGAACAGCUGAACACUAACCCCCUGACACUGCAGGGAUUACAUAGCCUUUAUACAACACACAGUAGCUCUUUGGAGGAACUUAGGGCUAUUAAAAUUGCAUUGUGAACUUCAGUUUGAAAAAAUGAAAGGAAAAAUUAAAAGUGCAAUUGCACAUAACGAAGUUAUAAAGUACCUUUCUAGCCUGCCCACAUUUGUCUGAUGUCAGGCACAAGUUGUAGCACUGUAUUGUAUAUUGAAAUACAAAAAGGUAUCAGAGUAUUUGCACAUUAUAUUUAUAUUCAACUUAUUAACAAUUUUAAAAUGUUUCUUCAGCAGAAAUGUAUAAAAAUAAUAAUAAAAUCAUGUAGUGUGGUACAAGCUUGUGAACUUAUGAUGUACUGCUACGGUGCCAACAGACUUCUGAAGAGAUUAUAUUAACUGGUCUUUAUUUCAUUUCCCAAGAGUGAUUAUGGAGGAGUGUGUUUAGGGGAACUGAAAACAAAGAAAUUAACCAGGUUGUAGCAAAGUAGAGAUUAAAAAAAAAAAUCUUUCAGCCUCUGUUUUAUUAGAUACUGAUA